CAGAUGUGGCGCCGAUCCGAGAUCCACCACGGGUUUCUCAGGAGUGUGGGGCAAGCCACAAUGACUGCCGGGAGUCUGGAUUCUGGAAUGUGGGCUUUCUGGACGCAACGCCUGGUGGUGCCGUCCGAUGAAAAUUGUACAAUUGUACUAUAACCCGCCUCCCGCUUGCAGAACGGGGCCACCCACACAUGCCAGCAUCACCCUCGCACCCACCGCGUCACCCUCCCUGUCUUGGGGGAGCCCCCGACCCCAGCGCAAGCGGCUCUAUCCCCAAGACUCCGGGCUCCUCCUCUUCAGCCACGUUCUUCCUGGAUCCCAACUCUGGUUUGAUAGUCGCCGCUGAUCGGAACACUCGAGGCCUGUUGGGCGUCGACGAAGCUUCCAUCAUCGGUCAGGGUUUCGGGUCGUUUGUUCAGGACGCUGGUGGUCGACCUUGGAAUUAUGAGGAGAUUAUGCGCAUGCUGACAAGAGGGGAAGGUUCUUCUACGCCUCCUGCGUCACAUACUGAGGCCGGUGCCCAGGAAACGUGCCGUUCCAAUAAUCAUCACUCUGGACUCUCGCAGCUUCUUACUUCGAAUAGCGCCACCCUAUCCGCAGAAUGCGCUGGAAAGGCAAAAGUACCCGUCAGUGUGUCCUGGUCAGUGAUGGAUAUUCCUGGAAAGGAUGCGAUCAGAGUCCUUCUUGCCAAAGUCGAGAAUCUCAGGGGACUCGCUGACAAAAGUGAGAAGAUUUUGGAGGCCGUUUUUGCUACGUCGCUGAAAUGCAUCAUCGUCAUCUCUGCCGAAGGAAGCAUACAGCUAUUUUCGUCGGCUGCUGAAAAGCUAUUCCAGUACUCGGAACACGAGAUCCGCGGCAAGAACAUAAAUAUAUUGAUGCCCUCUCCUUUGCGUGAACUUCAUGACGGCUACUUGAAAAAUAAGGAUCACGCACAUCGUCGGUCCGUCAUUGGCACUACAAGGGAGGUUUUAGCUCAGCGACGGGAUGGGGUCUGUUUUCCGAUCGAACUGAGUGUGUCUGAGAUGCGGAUCGGGGACCGACUGUUCUAUACCGGUAUCCUUCAUGAUCUCUCCGAGACCAGGCGUGCGGCAGCAGAACGAGAAAAGAAUGCGGCCCUAUUGACCUCGGUGAUCAAUUCUACCGUCGACGCGGUGUGUGUGAUUGAUAGCCAAGGGAUACUGGAAUUGUUUAAUCCGGCGGCCGAAAAAAUAUGGGGGUAUCCUGCAGACGAGGUGUUGGGCAAACACGUCGGCCUGUUGGUACCGAACCUAUCCCACGUUCACGAUGGGCAAUUUUCUGCCUAUAUGGAAGCAGACCAGGCGCAAGUUCCUGGAACCUCUCGCGAGGCCUCUGCACAGCGGAAGGAUGGAACAAUUUUUCCCUGCGACCUGGCAAUAAGCGACUUUCACGUCGCGGGGGAACGCAAAUUCACCGCUGUAAUUCGUGACAUUAGUGAUCGCCAGACUGCCCAGCGACGGAUCAUAGAACAGGCCAAUCAGCUCGCUGUCAUGGUGAAAAUAAGCGAGCGCGCUCGGUUGCGUUUCUUGGGGACGAUGUCGCACGAACUCCGCACACCGCUCACUGCCAUCAUUGCCAACGCCGAUCUUAUCCUUGACAAUAAGCUCACCGAUGACCAAAGCCAUUGUAUGGUCGCUAUUCAAGCGGCAGGAAUAUCCCUCCUCAAAUCCGUGAACAGUAUCCUGAUGCAUAUUGAACUGGAUACUACAAAUCAACCAAGUAUUCCGGUUGCGACCUCUGCAUUUGUUCAUUUCGACUUGAACGCUCUUUUGGACGAGACAGUUCAGUGUUAUGCGGUGGAAGCUGCCAAAGCGGGCUUAGACUUGAUGCUUCUGAUAUCAGCUCCAGUCCCGGCUGCGGUGAUCGGUGAUCCAUGGAAACUGCGGCAAAUUCUGGACAAUUUGCUGUCCAACGCCGUCAAGUUCGCAAGUGGACCGGGAGGCUGGAUAGUCGUGGCGCUUGAUGUUGUCAAGAAGGAACUGGACAGUGUGGAUCUCAGCCUUCAAGUUCAGGACAAUGGAUGUGGAAUACCGGAGGAUCAGACCAAACUUAUAUGGGAGGCAUUCAUGCAAGUUGACGCAACUGACACUCGGCGCUUUGAUGGUGUUGGCAUCGGCCUUCCCAUGUCAAAGCAGCUCGCAGCGUUGAUAUCGGGCACACUAACCGUAGAAUCGUCGAUCUCGCCGGACGAUCAUGGAUCUACGUUCAGUCUGGAAUUCACAGUAUCGCUGGCGUUCCCGCCUGUAGUUCCUGUGUGGUUGCCCGGGCUUCGCGGCCUGGUCAUACAUCCGCGGCGCAUGGUCUGCGACGUCCUCUUGUCGCAUCUAGCGUCGAGGGGGCUAAAGGUCUUGGGGCUGGCUAAUCCUGAGGCAGCCGUGGAUGUUAUUGCGGCAUCCGCAACCUCGAAAACCAAAUUCGACUUUGUUAUUGCUGACGAGGCCGUAGUCAUGAGCUCUCCGGCGCUCGCUGCUGUCUUAAAAGAGUUUCCGGCAGGUGUCGGAAUUUUGGCUGCUCCGACAAUAUCGUUCGAACGCUCAUCACCUUUACAAGACGUGGAAGGCUUUCGCGGUGCCCGCUGGCUCAAGCUUCCUUUGGGACCAGCGAUGCUAAAACAGUUCCUAGCGAGAUCCAUACCAGGGUUGAGCAUGUCGGCGGAUGACCUUUCACCGGCAGGGAAGAGUCCAGGCGUGAUUGAGAAACCUCUCGAUGGACCUGGACCUUUAAAGACGGAAGUUAUUCGGCCACACGCAGACCCGCCAACUGAAGGGCGCAUAGGUGCAACGCAUGCAAUCACCCACGUUCGUGAAAGGCCCCACGCGCUGGUUGCCGAGGACAAUACGAUCAACCAACGUAUCAUGCGUCAACACCUGAAGAAGCUCAAUGUUACAUGCGACAUAGCCAGUGAUGGCGUUGAGGCUGUUUCGCAGUACACCAGCAAUCCGUCCGCAUUUGAUAUCAUCUUGCUCGACCUGAACAUGCCGAAAAUGUCCGGAAUCGAGGCGGCAGCCCUUAUUCGGCAAUGGGAGAUCGCGAAUUUACUACGCAGGAUACCCAUCACUGUCGUUAGUGCCAACGCGUACUUGCAGGACGAUUGCGUUGGGCUCAUGGACGACUUUGUGCCCAAGCCGUUUGCACGAGCAGAUCUGCGGCGGACAUUGCUGCGUUACUGUGAGGGGUACGAGGAACUUGGUGAAAGUCCGGCGGCAACGUUAGCAGGAAAGAAGGAAAGUGAAGAGCGAGCGUAGGAGACAUGUACUGUACGUAGACAAGCAUAGCGAAUACAAUCAACAUGCACCGAUCUUGAAGGUCCUACUCUUAGCCGGCUACUCCCAAAUGUACAAUAGGGUUGGGAAAGAAUAAACUUCUAUUGCUCGAACACAAAUAGCUGGGCGGCGCAAUCUCUACAUCAGGGUUCUCCGGGAAGCAUGGAAUGCCCGACCUUCUCUUCCGUGCCCUGUCAACAACGUUCACUUGCGAACACUCAUACGUUUCGGAUGAUCCUCCCCUGCGAAAGUC